ACUGUUCAUUACAUUCACAGGUGAUGAGUAUGACUCAUUGUGUGAGAGAGAAAGAGAGGUAUCAUCACGAGUCAGUGUUAGUGCCAUAUAUAUAUUAGCAUAUAACAAGUAAAAUCUGAAACAACAAAGACAAGAACAAGUUGAAGUGGAAGAGGCUAACACAACAGAUCCUCUCACGUGCACUACAACCACCCUGAGACCGUGUUUCCUCUACCCUUCUUGUCCCCAUGUCUAAUUACGAGGAGGUAGCAGAACUGAUUUGGGAAAAUGGCCACGUGUCGAUGCAUGGGCUUGGUGGGCUUCAACAUACUUCCGGGGAAAAGCCCAUAUUGGGUGGAGCCCAUGAUACAUUAGAGUCAAUUGUGAAACAAGCCACAUGGCAACAGCAUUAUGAACCGGGGAAGUGGGUUGGGGAAGGCCAUGCCCCUCAUAGUAUAAACUCCAUUGCUGCAUCCUCUGGUGAACAUGGUGCGGUGCCAACGUUGUCAAGGAGGCGAGCAUGGUCCAACACCGAUUACCGUGGCACAAAAUUUGGUUCCAAAAAUGCUAAUGUUAAUGUGUUGGAAGAAUGUGACGUUCAUAGCGGUUGUGCUAGUGCUGCUGCCACGUUUUGUAGGGACAAUGAUACAACCAUGAUCACAUCCCCUUCUCUUCAAUCUGCUCCAAGCUUGAAGACUGUGGAGGAAGAUUCUGCUUGUCACUGUGGAUCGGACAUUCGAGAUAAUCAAGAUGACAGAGACAGUAAAGCAGAAACAGGCCAAACCAAUUCUAAAAGACGAAGUCGAACUGCUGCUAUCCAUAACCAGUCUGAGCGGAAAAGAAGAGAUAGAAUUAAUCAGAAAAUGAAAGCCUUGCAGAGAUUGGUACCUAAUGCAAGUAAGACUGAUAAAGCAUCGAUGUUAGACGAGGUGAUUAACUACUUAAAGCAGCUUCAAGCACAGAUCCAAAUGAUGAACAUGACAAGCAUGCCCCAAAUGAUGGUACCUUUAGCCAUGCAACAACAGCUUCAGAUGUCAAUGCUAGCCAGAAUGGGUGCUGGGCUUGGCAUGGGAAUGGGAAUGGUAAACAUAAACAACAUGGGUACUCACACAACUGCUCCAAGGCCAUUGAUACCACAACUUAUUCAACCAACCACAAUUGGAGCUAACCCUACCCUCCCUAUGUUUGUUGCCCCUUCCUUUAUGAUGCCUUCUUUGAUUCAACCACAUGCCCCUGCACCUCCAAAGCCCCAACUUGCUGCAUCUUCAGCCUCCAAUAUUCCCUCAAUUCCUUUGCCUCAUCCAUAUAACCCUAGUCUUACACAAACAGUGAAUAUGGAUAUCCUCAACAACAUGGCAGCACUUUACCGACAACAAAUGAGUCAGAACAAUCAAGCCUUGAGCAGCAUGUCCCAACCACACAAUGAGCGAAGCCGUUAAGAACAAAUUAAAUAUUUCUGAUAGGAGAAGCAAAUAAUGGAUGAGGUACAAACGUGCUGGAGUUAUACACUUUGGAAUAAGUUUGAAAUGUAACCACAGCAAUAAUCAUCCAUAUUAAUAACGUGUUUAUAUUUCAAUUUAAAAUCCCAAAUCCGUAGUUUUGAUGCAACAUGUAUGUUUAUAGUUCAAUGUAAAAUGAGGAAAUAAUCAUUUUUCUAAAAAAUAUUAUAAAAUUAAACUUUUUUU